AUGAGCGACAGAAACAAGAGUUACUUCGACAUUUCCAUUGGCGGCAAGGCUGUGGGGCGUAUUGUGUUCGAGUUGUACAAUGAUGUGGUGCCAAAAACCACAGAGAACUUCUAUAAGUUGUGCGAGGGCAAGUCAGGGAUGUGUAAGACCAGGCCCGAUGUGCCGUUAGGUUAUAAGGGUUCUAUUUUCCAUAGAGUGAUCAAGGGGUUUAUGUGUCAGUUUGGCGACUUUACCAACUUUGAUGGUACGGGCGGCGAGUCGAUCUACGGCGAGAAGUUCGAGGACGAGAACUUCCAAUUGAAACAUGAAAAGCCGUUUUUGUUGUCGAUGGCCAACGCAGGGCCCAACACUAACGGGUCGCAGUGUUUCAUCACCUGUGGGCCUACACCACACUUGGAUGGGAAGCACGUCGUGUUUGGCGAGGUAAUCCAGGGCAAGCGGGUUGUUCGCCUGAUUGAGAAGCAAAAGACAACCGGAUCUGAUAAACCGGAACAGGAGGUCAGAAUUGAGGACUGUGGUGUGCUUCCUAACGACUACCAGGUGCCUGCGGAUGUGGAGCAAACACCCGCCGACGAAUAUGGCGACAAUUACGAGGAAAACUUGGCAGAUGACGACAAGAUCGACAUAAACAGUUUCGCCAGUGUUAUGAAAGCCGUUGAAACAGUCAAGGAGAUCGGUACAGCCCAGUUCAAAUCCCAAAACUAUCCCGUUGCUACCGCCAAAUACGAAAAGUGCGCGGGUUUUCUCGAUGACUACUUCCCAGAGGAACUGUCCAAUGAAGACACACAGACUAUUGGAAAACUGAAGACUUCUAUCCAGCUCAACAUCUCCAUCAGUGCAUUGAAGUCACAAGAGUACGCCAAGGUUCUCCCCGCAGCCACCAAGGUCCUCCACGGAACUAACGCGGACGACAAGGCUAAAGCCAAGGCUCUUUACCGCCGUGGUCUAGCUUACUAUCACCUCAAAGACCCCGAAAUGGCCCUCACAGACCUCGAAUUAGCUGCCACCUACCAAGCUGGUGACGCAGCCGUCAUGAAAGCCAUCUCUGAUGCCAAGAAACUAAAACAGCUCCAGCUUGCACAACAGAAGAAGUCGCUUUCAAAGAUGUUCUCCUAA